GAAACACCGCGUUCACACAUUAUUCGAUUGGCUUGCUAGUUCGUUUCCACACUGUACGAGACACAGAAGUGUCAGAUUUAUUUAGUUUGAUAGAGAAAGCCCGGCCAGGUUCAGUUUACAGGGAAUGAAGAAAACUAACUACAAAAGAAGCUCUUUUGUAGCGAAUGGUCUCCAACGCAGCGGAUAAUUACAAUGCGUUUUGCCGAUAUAAGGAGUGGCAGUCGUGCUAAGUAACUGGUUUCUAUUUAAGCUAGCAGAAGAUGGAAUGUACCUUAACUCGGUUCUAUGCAUGGAAAUGAUGCUAAUACUUUAGCUUUAACUAAUACCAGCUAAGUCGAUGCUCAUAUUUCGCCUCACUGUCACCGGAUGCUUUGCUGUUAUCUUGUUGGUUAGCUAGUUUAGCUUCUUUCAGAGAAGCUCCGGCCAUGGAGGAAGUUGAUAAAAUUCUGAUUCACGCCCUAAAACAGGUUGGGACGGAAGUGCCUGAAGAAAUUAACAGCGUGAAACAGUUCAGCAGUGAGCUGAUAGUAGAGGCGGUGGUCAGAUGUAUUCGGGUGAUCGAUCCUGGUCUGAGCAGCACGCUGGCCACCUCUCUCCCUCCAGGCAUGUCUGCGCGCUUCAGAGUGGGCAUGAGCCUGGCACAGGCCUGUCAGGAUAUUGGAUACAAAGGAGAGAUAGGGUACCAGACCUUUCUGUACAGCAGUGAACCGGAGAUCCGCUCCCUGCUCAUGUUUCUGGUGGAGAAGCUGCCCAGAGAAAGUGCUGAGACUUCAGACCAGCCGACAGGGAAAUCAGUGGUACUCCAGAGAACCAUAGCUGCUGCGAUCAAAGCCCAUCUCGCUGUACCUUGGCUGCCUCCAAAAUGCAGACUGCCACUAAACUGUGAAACACAGAGACAAGGAGUCAUGCACAGCUUCCACGUCCAGCCUCUCAGCCUAACAAACUGCACUAAAGGCUCAAGCAAGAAGCACACAAAAGAAGUGAAGGACUACCAGCGGGACGUUCUCUCCCCUGUCACCGCCCAGAUUUCCAGUCAAGCUUCUGUGGUGGCGUCCAUACUGGAGCAGCACACAGCUGAAAUAAGUGCUGCUCAGGAGUGGGACAGCGAGUGGAACAAUCAGGGACUGUUGUCCCGCUUCACACCACAGGAAUAUUGCUUACGGAAAUUCACCCGGUUGCAUAAACGGAUCGAGGACCAACUGCGUUCUGCUGCCCUGCCCUCUUCUCAUAGUGCCUUUGGUGUUUCUCGCUCCACCUCUGACCUGUGUGAGCUCCUGCAGGCCUUCAAAGGCUCCGUCCAACCCGGCCACAUCCUGACCAAGGGCACACACUUCACCCACACACAGAAGUUCAACUUCACACAGGAAGUGCCUCCAGUAGCAAAAACCAUCCCGACUAAUCAUCAGUCAGAGGGGGAUGUACAGCUGGGUCAGCAGGAGGAGUUGGCUUACCUCCAGCAGCAAUUCCAGCAGCUUUGCAGUGAGGUUGACCAUCUAGCAGCAGACAUGAAGCACAUGACUGUUACCAACGCUCAGGUUCAUCGUGGCCACCUCAAAAGCGGUUCAUCGUGGCCACCUCAAAAGCG